UAGGCAAUAUCUCUAUAUAAACACGAAACACUGACCCCCCAUUCACUAGGAAACAUCUGCCAACUUUUGAUAGGGAGUUAUUUUGGGAACUUCUCAUCAAUACAAGCUCUAGCUUGGACAUUGAGAGUUGAGAGAGACAAGUUGCAAAAGGAUAGAUCACAGCAAAGAAUGGGCAGGAAACCUUGUUGUUCAAAAGAGGAGGGACUGAAUAGAGGAGCUUGGACAGCCAUUGAAGACAAAAUCCUCAUUGAUUUCAUCAAGGCUCAUGGUGAAGGAAAAUGGCGAAGCAUUCCUAAAGCAGCUGGUUUAAAGAGAUGUGGGAAGAGUUGCAGACUUCGUUGGCUGAACUAUUUGAGACCUGAUAUCAAGAGAGGCAACAUUACACGAGAUGAAGAAGAUCUCAUCAUCAGACUCCACAAACUGUUGGGCAACAGAUGGUCCCUGAUAGCGGGGAGACUUCCAGGGCGAACAGACAAUGAAAUCAAGAAUUAUUGGAACACAGUUUUAUCGAAGAGGGCGCAAGUGAAAGAAUUCAAUCAUAUUAAUAAAAAUGAAGAGAAACAAAGAAUCAUCAACUGUUCCAGAAAGGCCCCAACAGGUUCAGGUGUUAUCCAUGCUAAGGCAGAACGUUGCACCGAGGUCUUCAUAAGCCCAAAACAGCAAAUAAUGAUUGGAAAAGAUGACAAUGAUAUUGUCCAUACAGUUCCAUCCACUGAUGCCAAGUUGGUGCAUGAAACUGCUGUUGAAUCCGAAUCCAGGGAUGGGUCAUUUACAUUGCUUUCAUCCAAGGAAGAAAAUCCUUCAUCAAAGUUUAGUAUGGAUUUUGGCAUAGGAGAAAUCAGCAUUUCAGAAGCUCUUGCUUCUGAUGACCUUACACAGCUUAGUGACUUUGAUCUUUGUGAUAUGAACAGUACUGUGAUUUAUGAAUAUGGGACAAACGAUUGUGGUCAAGCACUUUUGCCACCGCAGCUAAUGGUGGAAAAUUGGAGCGGCAAUGAUUGUGUAGAACUUGAAGCAAACUUGGAUUCAGAUUUUGGAUUUUUGGCUGCUUUUCUUGAGUCCACUGAAGACUUGACAUUCUGAGCAUUGUUAUCAAUUCAAAUUGGA